AUGCCGUCCAACAAGACCUUCAAGAUCAAGAAGAUCCUCGGGAAGAAGCAAAAGCAAAACCGCCCGCUUCCCCAAUGGAUCCGCAUGCGCACGGGUAACACCAUUCGCUACAACGCGAAGCGCCGCCACUGGAGACGCACCAAGCUCAACUUGUAA